AUGGCGGAUGGCAUGAGCGAGAUCAUGUUGGAAGAGGAAACUACGCCAAUAGCUUGCCUAAAAAAUCCACAAAACUUAAACUGGAUUUUUUCUAAAAAUGGUCAAGCAUUUUUUCGCAAGGUUCUUAAUACCGUUGGCCUUCCACAGAGUGAAACGGUCGAGGCCAGCGCUGCGAGAGCGAUUUUUUCUCACACUGAGAAAAGUAUCGAUGUUGCUGUUGAAUUUUUGAAGGAGAUAUCAACCUGUUUUCAGGUUUGUUAUCAAAACAUUGAAGAUAUCAAGUGUCUAAAUAAGAAGCUGGUAAAUCUUGAAAGAAGUUUUGUGACCUUACGCGACAAUCUUUCAAUCCAAAACAAGUGGUCUUCACUUUUACAAUCCUGUGGCUUACAAUCAUCUGAUGGGACAAACAUUGUAUUAAACCAUGUUCUGCAGCAUUUUUGGAGUUCUGUAGUUUUAGAUGAUUCUUGUGAUUUAGAUGAGAACAGUGCACUAAUACAUUUAUCAACAACCUCUGUAGCUUGUGGCUCAUCCAGUUCUACUCAAUGUGGUGAUGAACUUGAAAAUAUUGAAGGAAAGUCUAUUCAAGAGCAUGCUGGUUGGGUAUUUAAGCGUGUAAGAGAUUUAUUUAAAGAUGGACCUGAAGUACACAAAAUUCAGGUUUCAAAAACAAACAAUGUUCAAGUGGAAGUGAGUAAGCAUUUCAUACUGUCAUUAAUUCAACGGUUGGGGCAUGACAUCUUGAUUCAGCCAGGAAGAUUUUUAUUCGCCCCAAUUCCAGAAGUUUUGGAGUUUUUUUGUCUACCUACACAAUAUAAUUGAACAGAUUGUUAAAGAACGACUUGAAUCAUGUGCAGACAAAGACAUAUUGAAAACAUGUUUAAAGUUUUUGAGCGAAGAUCUAAACCUACGUAAGCUGUGGCAGAAAUUAUUGGGAGAUGAAGAUGAUGACACUUUUCGUGCUGGUUCUGUGUUAUUACUACAAAGAGUUACUGCAAUGUUUUUGAAAUCGAAGCAGCAAAUCAUCAGGGAGCAACUACAACUGAAAGCCAAUAAACAAAGCUCAUCAUUGCGACAAACUGUUGGUAAAAGACAAAAGUCAAAAGAAAAAUGGAUCGAACCUGAAGAAUGCCUGGUUGCAUUUCGUGGAAAUCCAACAGAUGCUUCUGCGGUCAUGGAAUUUUUGACAGGUGUUUUCAUGAAAUCUGAUCCUUCUGUCAUACUCAGCAAAUUGCAUGGAACUGAACUUACUGCAAUUUUACAGUCAUUGGGCUUACCAGGGUUGAAUGGGAAGGGGAAGAAACAACAAGUUGAGCGAUUGGUCCAUCAUCAUGCCAGUGGUAAAGAUUGGAAUAUUUGUUUCCCUGACAAG